AUGCGGCUGCGCGCCGCAACGGCCGCCGACGUCGACGCCAUCACGGAGCUGGCGCUGGCCGCGCUCCCCAACGACCCCGUCUGGCCCUAUCGCUUCCCCCUCGCCAGCCAGUUCCCGGCCGAGCACAAGAAGUACACUGGCAUCCGCAUCGCCGAGUACCUCGAGAACGUCAGAACCGGCGUGUACCAGUGCAUGGUCGUCGAGGCCGCCACCACCACAGCCAGACAAAUUGUCGCGCUGAGCAUGUGGGACCUGCCGGUCAGCUGGCGGCCGCGCGGCGCGGCGUCGCCCAGGGGCGCGACGGACCACCCGAACCGUCCCGACGCGAACCCGAAGCGCAUGCAGGCGUUCCGGCACGCGCUGGGCGCCGCCCGCGCCGAGCGCUUCGACGCCACUACCAGGCACGGCGGCGAGCACCUGCACCUGCUGCUGCUGGCCACGCACCCAGCCUACCGCCGCCGCGGCGCCGCCACCACGAUGCUCGAGUGGGGCAAGGAGGCCGCGCGCCGCAAGCUGCCGGCCGUCCCGCUGACGCUGUUCUCCAGCCCCAUAGGUCGCGCCGUCUACCCCCGCCUGGGCUUCGCCGAGGUCGGCACGCCCGUCGUCGUCCAGGUGCCUGACGAGGCUGAGCACUUGAGUUUUCCUGCUAUGGAGUGGCGGCCGGAGCCCUCGGGGCCGUGAAGGGAUGGUGGAUGAUGAUUAGCGCCCGCUGCCUGGAGUGGCGGCCGGAGCCCUCGGGGCUGUGAAGGGAUGGUGGAUGAUGAUUAGCGCCCGCUACCUAGAGUGGCGUGUGCUCAGCUAGCUAGCUGAGCUUUUUCUUCUUUCUGGGGGUGCGAUAGCAGAGUCAACCGCCAAUAGCAUUAUACUAGUGCAUCAUGAAGUUUGGGACGUCACGUUAGCAAGCGGAGCGAUCGGCGCAUUGCUUGGCAGGCGGGGCUGGGUUUUGGCGUUUAUUGACUGCUCAGA